AUGUACACUUCCGUUUUGUCACUCGCCGGAUGGGGCCUUGCCUUCUCUGCGGCCUCUGCUGCUGCCAGCAAUGUCCACAUCGCCCCUAGAGCUACCCAGGCUCCCUCGACCACUGCUGUCAGCCCCGAGGUAACUGCUAUCACAGGAUGCCACCUCCAUGCCUCUGAACUAUAUUGUUUCGCUGGUGAGACCGAGUACUUGGUAGAUGUCAAGGUCACUGGAACCACAGACGUACCUUCGCAGUACACCGACUGCCAUUCCCAUGACUCUAAUAUGUUUUGUGUAGACUCUGAUGGUGGAGAUGUUUCUGUUCAAGCUGAAGGUGCUGAGUCAGAAGAGGACCACGCAACAGAAGGUGAAGAUCAUGGCCACGACCACGAUCAUGCGGGAGCAAGUAGCACGGAAACUGCAGCCGCCGCUGGAAACACCAAAGAAGCUGAGAACGAGCACUGUCAUUUCCAUGCUGGUGUUGAACACUGCACAGGCCACAGCGAUUCUGAGUCCAGCGAGUCGGAGUCUGGUUCUUCCUCCUCUGCAUGCCAGCCCAGAAGGAGAGACUAUGAUGUCGGUCUCCGUGUUGGUCUGCUCUUCGUUAUCCUAGCCACAGGUGCUCUGGGUGUCUUUGGCCCCAUCCUGCUGCACAAGAUGAUGCCCAGCAAACUCAACAUUGUCCUCAUUGUAUUAAAGCAAUUUGGAACUGGUAUUAUAAUCUCUACCGCCUUUGUUCACCUGUACACCCACGCAUUCCUCAUGUUCGGCAACCAAUGUAUUGGAGAGCUGGGUUAUGAAGCUACGACAUCCGCUCUUGUUAUGGCUGGUAUAUUCCUUUCUUUCCUUGUCGAGUACAUCGGCAACCGCAUUGUUCUCGCGAAGACAAAAGCUUCAGCCAGUCUUUCUGAUGCUGAAAAGAAAAGCGCCUGGUUGUCCACUGAGGUUGUCAGUGUUCUUGUCAUGGAGAUGGGUAUCCUAUUCCACUCUCUUCUGAUCGGCUUAACGCUCGUUGUAGCGGGUGACGAAUACUUCCUAACCUUAUUCGUCGUCAUUCUUUUCCAUCAGAUGUUUGAAGGCAUCGCUCUUGGAAGCCGAAUCGCCACCAUCGGUACCUCUAACGAUAGUCACGCCUCUCCCGUGGUCCGCGUCUCCCAGGACACUUCCUCCGCUCAAGAUUCAGACAAGGCUCCCGCUUCCACUGAGACGAUCCCUAACGAGGAAUCGGCCCCUAUUGGUUUGACCAUGAAGAAGAAACUCGGCCUUGCCUCUCUCUUCGCCUUCAUUACCCCUAUCGGCAUGGCCAUUGGCAUCGGUGUCUUGCAACAAUUCAAUGGUAACGACAAGUCUACACUCAUCGCAAUCGGUACCCUCGACGCCGUCUCCGCAGGUAUCCUCAUGUGGGUUGGUCUUGUGGAGAUGUGGGCUGCAGACUGGAUGUCAGGGGGCCAUGGCCACAAGGCUGAACUCGCUGACGCCAACCUGCUCACUACCGUUCUGGCCGGCACUGGUCUGGUUGCUGGCCUGGUGGUGAUGAGUCUUUUGGGUAAGUGGGCAUAG